AGUAACAUCUUAUAGUCCUCUACCAAGUUUGUUCAAAAUAUGCCCUUUGGGUCAAAUUUGACCUUGACCCGCGGGUCACAAAAUUGAACAUUAUAUACGCUUAUAUCUUGCUUAUUUUGUGAAAACUUUAAAAAUAUUCUUGUCCUUAACUCUAGGACCUAGGACUACCAAAUUUUGUAUGUAGUGGGAUAUAGUAGUCCUCUACAAAGUUUGCUCAAAUUAUGCCCCUGGGGUUAAAUUUGACCCAGCCCAGGGUGUCAUAAAAAGUGUACAUGUGCUUAAAUAAGGCCUAUAUUUAAGUAUUUGCACAUGCCGAGAAUAUUUGUUUCAGCCUUUUUUUCAGCAGUGGAUCGAUACAGGGCCAACAGGGCCUCUUGUUUUUAGAAAAUGUUAAACCCACACUUAUCAUGAGGAAGUUUAAAAUACGGAAACACGCUUUUUAAAGAAGGCGGACGAUAAGUGUUCUAUAUCUUGCCAGGAUAUAUUACAUUCCUUACUAAUCAAACACUGCUGGGGUACGCGUGAAGGCAAACGUACAGUUUUGUAUUCAUUGCGAUUAGUUGAAAAAUACAUAAAGGUCACAUUUGUUUUAGAAACCAGACCAAACCAUGUUUACGAUAGCGCUUGUGUUGUGCAAUAUCAAAGACGAGAACAAAUGGAGCCAUUGUAUAACUGAAAGAUGUGUGAACGCCGGUGUUGAAUAAUGGAUUAACUAAGCGUAUUUUUAAUUCUUCACUGAAACCUGAAGAACAUUUAUAAACAAUUGACUUUAUAAUGGAAACGGACGCGUCUUUAAUGCUCAAAUGUGUAAUAUUAUGCGAGUCUUGUGUGCAAUAUCUUAUUGGUAGUCUUAUUGCUGGUCUUGGUAUACUAACACUCGGAUUCGAGCAGUGUUUAAGUGGAAUCGUUUUCAUUGUGACUGGAACUUUGGAUAUUGCACUCCGUUUUGCAACACAAAUAAUUGAUUGGGUAUUACUAGCAAUACAGACGAUAUUGCAUGCCCUACAGGCAAUAAUACAUACUUCUAUAUACUAUAUUUGGGAUGUUAUUUUACGCAAUGUUUCAGAAAGCUUAAUCAUUGUUGGGAACUACUCAACAAACAUAAUCCAUUCUCUGGGAGCGUACCCAUUGCAAUUUGUUAAAUUUACCGUCUCGAACGUUUUCACAGUACUCAUUUUAUACGUCAAAGAUGUCGACUAUAUUGUCUUUAGUUUUGUCUUCCCACUGGUUGAAGUCAUUUUAUGGUACGGUGAAAUGACGUUUGCUUUACUUUUUAUCAUAUUGAUUUCCAAAGGUUUUCAUGAACUCGUAAUUAUGUAUCCUCCUAGACUUAAGGAAAAAUAUAGUUUGUUUCCCUUAUAUUUCAUUGUUGUGUUUUGCUUUCUUGUUGGAUAUGCAUGGGCAUUGGUGUGGUGGUUUCUAGAAAGAUAUGCAAUUUAUCCGUGUGUGUACUUGCUCUUUUUUGGAGGAACUAGUUUCGUUGUUGGUUUUGGUAUAUAUGCAUUGAUUGUACUGUUGUCUUACUGUUAUCGUAGUAUAAAUGGGGCGAUAGGCAACGGUGCAAGACAAUUACAGAAGAAAAUUAGAAGACAAAAGUGAACUUAUCUGUUAAAUUAAAACCCAACACAUGUAUGUUCUUUGUUAUGAAGAAUGGCUUUUCGUAACUCUUCUUUGUUGUUUGAUCAUAGAUGUACUGGAUUAGUGUGUUUACCCGCGACGAUUAGAGGACGCUUUAGUAAAUACAUAUGAAUGUUUAAAGUUAAGAACAAAAUCUGAUUUCCAGAAUCAUAAUUGUAGCGAACACAAGUCUGAUGUUAUAUCGUUUUAACUGCAAACAAUUAAACUUUUGCAAAAUGUUUGCAACUUCAACAGUAAAGAUUAAUCGGACGUAUUUGUGUUAUAUUUGUAAACGAAACGAAGAAACGUGCUUUUCGAAAAAUAAAUGCAUGCACACUAAAAUUAUUUACUUGAUUAAUAAUUAUAUUGAUUUUCUUGAUUGAAAGUUUGUUAAACUCGCAUCGACUGCUUUAAAAUAUAUAGAACUAAUUGAUGAUUGUAGUGCAUUUACAAUGAGAAGCAGUUAGAAAACGAAUGUUGCUCUUUGCGGGCCCGCUUUAACAUAUGCUGCACAUAUUUAAUGGCAACAACUCUAUUCACAAUAGUCUAAACCUAUUGAUAUGUAGAAUAUCAAACACUUGUAAAAAACCAGAAAUAAUUAUUUUAAUACGUUUAUGAAAUAGAUCAAAGGUUAGCGAAAUGAAAAGCCUACUCAAUUUUGACAUUAUUACAUAGUCAAAAAAUCUAAUAGUAGUGAUAUUCCCAAGGCUUAAAUUGUUCAUAUAAUAAUGUGUUUAGACAAUAUUCAUUGUUAAUGUCGGACUAAAAACAUAUUAUCCUGUCUUGUGUUCUCUGGGCAACUAUAUGGUAUUUGCAUCACACAAAGCAUACACAUAUAUUACAGAUACACUAAUAUUUAUGAAGGUAAAAAGUAUUGCAAAGAGACUACUAAUUCUCACGCAAUUUUAAAAUCGUUUGAUGAAUUGUUUUUGUAUAAUUGCAGAGGCUACUGUACAGAUAUUUCGCAGACCAUGUAUUGUAGGGGUUACCAUUUUGCGUUAAACGUUAUAAAUAAAGUGUUAUACUUUUCAGAUUGUUUACCAACUGAUUGCAAUAAAUAGGUCCAAAUCAAAAGUGAAUUGAUAUCAAUGUUUUAAUAACAGAUGUGAUGAGACAUAACAAUCAUUGCAACUCCAAAAUAGAUGAACAAUAUUUUCUGUUUCGGUUUUACAGAAUUUACAAAUGUCAGAGUCUCAUAUGUUCAUUUGUUUAAUUAUUAUUUGCAGGUUGUAUAUUGUGUGUACGUCUUAUGGAACCGUUGAUUGAAUGAAACGUUUUUUUUAAAUACCAAUAUAUGUAUAUUUUCCCAUUCUGAGCUCUCAAUUCAAAAAAUGCUAUUCCAUUUUGCUUGACCUAUUGGUAUUUGAUAGUUGUGUAUCAAUAGCUUAUAUUUACAAUAGUUACUUUUGUUGUGCAACAGAAUAUGUUUCAUAUAUCCUGGAAACAAUAGGGGAACAAUAUUCAUCCUUCAUUGUUGUAACGUUCUCGAGUUUACAUUUUUGCAUCGCUUUAGAAUUCCUUCAAAUUGAUGAAAAUUAACACUAGCGCCAAGGUUUUGUUCUGGUUAUCAAUGUUCCGUUGUAAAUAAUGAUAUUUUUAACAAAUCGUACUCCUUUGUUAUUCAAACUAGAUACAUAAAAAGGCCGCUGCUCAAUUUAAAUCUUGUGAUUAAAGAUUUACGGAAGUUCCUGAAUGUUUGUGACAUUGUCAAUAGAAAAAUAUCAUUAAAAGCUACGAAUGGUCCCGAUACGUCUAUCCAAAAACAAUUAGAUAUAUUUUUUGCACACGACUCAAUAUAGUAUUCACCAAAGUGUUUUUGUUUACAAUACAAUUAUAUGUGUACGUACAAAUCCAUAGCAUUUACUACAUUAACAUGUUAUAAGUCUGUUUGACCAUAGUAUGUUUUAACUUUUUAACAGCACAAAGACAUCAACCAUUUUUAAGUCUCCACUGUCAUAUCUAAUAAGAACUUUACUUUGUAUUCUUGACUGACAUUGCCAAACAAAAUCGUAAAACAUGUUAUUAAUUGUAUUUAAUAUUUGUGACUUUAGAGUUGCUAAUGUGGAAAAUAAGUUAGUUAGAGGCGGUAAUAAAAUACAGUUGACAACUGCUAUACUAACAAUUAGCGCUAACGUUCUUCUAUUCCAUAAUUUGAUACAUUUUGUUUUCAAUACUUUGUAUUUUAUAGUUAACAUUUAAGGGAACCAUGUUCUCCAAGCCAAUAUGAAACUGUUUUCCAAGUUAUGUAAAAGUAUUGUUCCCUUAAACCAAUAUAUAUUUCGUUUUAGUCGAACGAGUUCUAUGUUUUAAGGAGCCUAUCCAAAUAACAUUUGUUUUAGCAAAAUUUACAUUUGGACCAGAGUUAAUAAAAUGUGGUUUGGUAACUUGAAUCUAAUUUAAACAUAUUCCAGCUGAAGUUUAAUACCGGAUAUAAGUAUUUGUAUUAAGAUAUUUGUGUGAAAUAAACAUUCCUGCUUGUUUUGAUCAAUUAUACGACAGUUAAGUAUAUAGUCGAUCAUGACCCUCGCGUGGAAUUAGAUAAAAAAACAACAUAAUUGAACUAUUGUGAAGAUUUAAAAUAACCUACGAUGAAUCUAUCGUGUAGUCCACGGUUUUAUUUAAUUCAAGCCAGUAAGAAACAUUUGCAAUUUAAUUUGUAUAAAAAUGGGAAGCAUGUUUUAAUUUCAUGCGAAUCGUACCAAUCUUCGAACAUGUCGCACACGCACGAUAUAUGUGUUCUAUUUCAUUCUAGGUUUGAUGCACACCCGUUUUCUAAACUUGGACAACCUCUUUCUAAAAUAAUAAUCGGGUUACGGAAAACCUUAGACGUGAAGAAAGAAAACAAUUGGACAACUGAAUUUUGGGCUAAUAGCAGUCCAGCCACUAGUUAAGCAGAGUUAAAUAUAAUGGAACCGGUGACGGAAAUUAGCGCUUCUGUGAUGCUUAAAUGUGUUAUUCUGUGUGAUUCGUGUUUGCAAUAUCUUAUUGCAAUACUUAUUGCCGGUCUUGAUACAUUCUUAUUCGGAUUAGAGCAGUGCUUAACUGGAUUAGUUUACAGAACGAUUGAUAAUAUCGAUUAUGCAUUUCGUGUGGGAAUCCAAAUAUCAGACUGGGCAUUCAUGGUACUCCAGACAAUAGUCGAAACUUUUCAGACAAUAAUGCAUUUAAGCAUACAUGUGAUUUUGGACAAAAUUCUAUGUAACGUUUCAGAAAAUUUGAUUACUAUUGUGAAUAACAUAACAUAUGUAAUCCAUGUUCUGGUAGCUUAUCCUUUUCAAUCACUUCAAUUGAUCAUCUCGUAUAUAUUCUUGAUUCUUAUAAACUGCAUCAGUGCCAUUGACUAUGUCGUCUUUGGUUUUGUAUUCCCUGUUGUUGAAUUCAUAUUCUGCUAUGGUGGAAUUCUAUUCGCAUUAUUUUGUGUUGUGUUUGUUGUAAAUGUAAUCCAUGACACAAUGAAUACUCCGACACUGCGAAAGUAUGCCUUUGUGCCGAUAUAUUUCAUUAACCUAUUUUGUUUCAUAGCAGGAUAUUUUUGGAGAUUUGCGUGGACGUUUUUAUUAAAUUUUGUUAUUAAUCCUUUUGUCUAUUUGUUUUGCUUUGGAGGAGUAUGUUGUGUUCUUGUUAUUGGAAUUGAAAUGACGAUUCCACGUAUACCUUACUUAGUUCGUGGUAUUUGUUUUCUUUUAUUAAUAAUUGUGCCCAUUGAUCUAUGGUUGGCCAUUCACACAAUGUUUAGAAAGAUUCAGCAUUUAUACAAAGAAAGAAGUAAGAACUGUAUCAAUUAUGACUUCAACGAAGACUCGACGAAAGAGUGUGUAAUAUGUUUUGAAGAAAGGACUUUCGUUACUAUUUUGCCGUGUAUGCACGCGAACAUGUGCCGGACUUGUGUUUUCCGCGUGAAGGAAGAUAACAAUAGGUGCCCUUUGUGCAGAGGAGAAAUAAUAGUUAUAAAAGAAUUAACUUGUGCAUGAAGUAAAAUUUAAUGGUGCAAUAUUGUCGUAAAUUUUAGUGUUUUAUGUACAUUUAUAAAACGAUUACUUAUUUAAUGUCUUAUAAAACUGUAUGCUAUUCAUUUAUAAUCCGCGUAGUCAGUUGGCACACAAUAUUGAACAGAUAGUGUUCAUGAUUCAUUGUUAGUUUUAUAUUAAAAUUCUAUGUUGUAUGUGAUUUGCUGACUAAAUGAUGUGUUCUAAAUAAACUUAAUAUUUAUGCACACCAUGAGAUUGUAUAUUUGUCAGUGAAUAUGGACUUUAAAAAAAAGACAGUCUCACCAUAGUAUGCAUAAAGAGUAACUCAUAUAAACUCAAAGUACACAUAAUGUAUUUUGUCCCGAUGAUAAAACAAUCGCUACCAGUCGAAAAUAUUAAAUAUAAUUUCAUUUUUUCCAGAACGUGGAUGUGCAUUUUCUUUAUUGAUAAAUUGAUUGAACAUUGAUAGUUAUUAAGCUUGAAAAAGUUUUAUUGUUUUUGACAGGAAUAUGAUAGUUGGUGUGACUAUUUUAUAUAUUUUAUUAUGUUGCACAUUGAUUAUUAAAAAGAAUAAAU